AUGUCGCCGCAACGCGGACAACCCUCGCUGGGGGCGGACGACUAUGUCGCCCACGCCAAGCGAGGCCGCAUGGACGUCGACGAUGGGUACGGGCCGACUGGAGGGGGAGGGAGCAGCGGCGGGGGCCACUUCGGUGGCUACCCGCAGCCGCCCUUCUCUCCUCCACCGUCGGGCCCGAACUACCCCAACCAGCAGCAGGGCCAGGGGUACAACAACUUUGGCCCCGGACCCAACUACGGACCGUCGAACUACGGGCCGCCCCCGCCCAACUAUCCGACCCCGUCGUACGGGCCGGAUAGUGGUGGCUGGGAGCGGGCCGCCGACGCCUACAAAGAGCUCGCCGACGCUCGCCAGCAGUACGCCGCCCUCGCCGGCGAACUCGGCGAUGCGCGCGUAAAAGAAGCGGACCUGCGCGCGCGUAUACGCGAGCGCGACCGCGCCAUCGACGACGCCGAGAACCAGAUCAAGACGCUACAGGCGGAGCGCGAUCGGCUCGUCAAAGAAGUCAGCCGACUCAACGACGAGCUGAAGCCCUUCCCUGCGCGCCGCGGUCCUGGGUUCUCUGGGCCCCGCUUCGUACCGCACGGCCACGAUGAAGGCUGGGGCGGAUCCACGCGCAGCCGACCGCGCGUGGACACCGAGCUGCCCACCGGGGCCGCCAACAUCCAGCCACCUCCAGGACCCGCGAUCGCGUCUGCUACGGCGGCGACGACCGCGGGCACCCGAGAGCGCGACGGACCCGCCCAGUCCACCGUGCCGCCCCGCACGCAGAGCGGGAACCCAAAAAGGGCAACCACUCGGGCGCCCGCGCGGGAAGCUAAUGCCGCGACCGCGGCCACGCCUCCAGACGUGGUGGCGGCCCCGGCUCCGAAACUGCAGGGCGCGGACGCCGCCCGCCGUAAGCAGCACCUCCGGCGGGCCAUCCCACGCCCCGUUAAUGCACCCCGCGAUCACCUUGGCCGCUACCCCGAGGCCGCCGCCGACAUAGACGUCGUGUGUCGGUUCUUCAGGUGCGCGUCGGUGAACGCCUGGCCGUCCGGGAUGAGACUGGCCUCGGGUGCAUUGCCUUCUGGCGAUGGAUUCGGGGUUCCUCUCUCUUCGGACUGUCGGGCCUUUUUCCUGCUGUGGCACUUGUUGCCUCAGCGGGCCAAGAAGAACCCCCACCACGAGCACGACGCGCGCAUCCGUACCCUGGCCAUGGAGUUAUUCUCCAUUCCUGGUUGGUACGAGCGCAUCGUCGCGGCCGGAGAGUUCGUUGGGCAACCCCAGGAGGCUCCCAUCCGCUACCCCUACCCCGCGGAUGACGCCUCCCCCAUCCUCCUCUCCGCGUGGUUCUGUGUCCAUGGUGUUGCACUGGACCGCGACGUCAUCGCCUCCAUCCGCCACUGGGCCACCCGCUCGCGCAACGAGUCACUCGGGCGCGUGCUCGACGACGCUUCCCCGUGGCCGGCACCCCCCAUCGACGUCGACUCCGUCACGUCCGCCGCCGAGAUCGCCCUCGUCGUCAAAUACGAUGAGCUGGCCUGGGGCCCACGCCUCCUCGAGACCCACGAGUCCAACCACGGCGACUUCGACGAGCUGGACGACGGUGAGGACAUAUAG